CCCGGGCCGCCGCCGCCGCCGCCGCGCCAUGGUGAGGCUCAACGCCGACCUGAUAUGGAAGAGCCCGCACUUCUUCAACGCCAUCAAGGAGCGCGAGCUCGACCUCCGAAGCAACAAGAUCGCCGUCAUCGAGAACCUCGGCGCCACCGAGGACCAAUUUGAUACGAUCGACUUGUCGGACAAUGAGAUUGUCAAGCUCGAGAACUUCCCUUUCAUGAACCGCCUUGGUACUCUGUUAAUCAACAACAACAGAAUCACACGCAUCAAUCCCAACCUUGGUGAGUUCUUACCGAAGAUGCACACUUUGGUGCUGACGAACAAUCGUCUUACAACUCUUGCGGAGAUUGACCCCCUUGCCUCUCUCCCAAAGCUGCAAUACCUUAGCUUGCUGGAUAAUACUGUAAUUAAGCAGCCAGACUACCGGCUGUAUGUGAUCCACAAAUUGAAGCAUUUGCGUUUGCUGGACUUCAAGAAAGUGAAACAACAGGAGAGAACUGCAGCAGCACAAAAGUUCUACUCGAAGGAGGCAGAGGAAGAGGCGAAGAAGGUAGCUGCCAAAGCUUAUACUCCAGUAAAGGUGGCUCAAGAUACCACCAAGGAGCAGGGUCCUAAAGUAGUGGCCCCAACACCCGCACAGAUAAUGGCUAUCAAGGCCGCUAUUGUGAACUCUCAGACACUUGACGAAGUUGCAAGGCUCGAGAAGGCUUUGAGCACUGGCCAAAUCCCUGCUGAGUUUGCGAUCCCCAAGCCUGAUACCAACAUGGCUGAAGCUUCAGAGGAAACUGACAAGAUGGAGACAGACGGCCAGGACCAAGAGAAGAACGGGGCUGAUGAGCAGAAGCAAGACGAAGAGAGCAUCCCAACCCCAAUUCAAGAGGAUUGAUGUAACGCCCAUACACCUGUAUCAUCGGACCAUUGUCUGAGCUUGGUUACUGGUUUUGUGGUGGGCGAAAACGAGCUGCAACGCAUGCCUAGUCUCACUGAACGCUCUCCUGGUAUCAGUAUUGCUGUGUCUUGUGGAUUCUAACAACAGUUUUCAGUGGUACUGUCAUCUGAGUUGAGGAAAGAAACACUGGGUUUUAGACCUAAGCUCUGCUAGAUUUGUUGGUGUUGUAGGCUGUAGACAACACAGGCGCAUAUCCUGAAUGUUGCUGAGACUGUAUUUAUCCAUUUUGUUGAUUCCGACUUGCUUGGGAUCCACUGUCAGUGUGUUACCGAUUACUGAGAUAGUAUGUUACACCCAUCAUUA